CAACCACCUAGUUUGUUUUUACUUAUUGGGGAAAUUAUACAUUUACACUUUGUUGAGUACCCCUUUUCAAAUUUACACUCAGGAGGAGGACAUUUUCACAAAUACCUAAUUGUUUAGUAGCCGAAAGACAAUAAUAACCCUCGCAAUUUUAACCUUUUCUCUCGAAUCUCUCUAGCUCGCCAUCGAAGGCGACGAGAUUACAGAGCUACGACGGCGAUUCUAGCAACGGCGACGACAAAAGGUCUUCUCUCUCACUAGUCACGCCGUCUCUCUGGAAAGAGCAUCCGGUGACGACGAAUAACAAUCAGACUAUACGAUUCAAAAUUUCAUCUCAAAAAAUGUCGUCUACUCCUCACGAUUCUCCUCUACACGAUUCUCCUAUACACGAUUCUCCUCUUCACGAUUCUCCUAUUCAUGAUUCUUAUCUUCACGAUUCUCUACAAUUGGAUAGCAACGAGUUUUGCACAACCUUGAAAUUGCCUGGGAGGGUUUAUGAAGCUGUAGAAACACCAGAUAAUCCCAAAGCGAUAAUCCAUCACUCAAAGAUUGAUUAUAUCGAGAAGGUGGAAGAUAUAUUAGGAAAAGAAGAGUUUUCUUUCAUAGAGAACUCUCACAUUGGGAGCAUUUUGAAGUUGGUUAAAAGGAAUAGGGUUCAAUUUUCAGAAGAGUUGUUCCAUUUUCUAAUGCAGCGAAGAGUAUUGACGCAAGGAGAGGAUCUCUGGUUUACUUUCUCGGACCAGCCUAUGAGGUUUUCACUAAGGGAAUUUCAUCUGACAACAGGCUUACGUUGUGAGGAAGAUCAGACAAUAACAGAGCCGCUGUUCAAAAUAAUGAAGAAGCCAUACAUUUGGAUGCUGGGCAAGAUUGAUAAGUUUACGGUGAGAACGUUAUAUGAAAUGUUUAAAAAGAAAGCACGAAGCAUGCCAACACUAGAAAGAUUAUCCCUUGGAACAGCAAUACUCACAGAAGCGGUAAUUAUGGCAGAAAAUCCGAGUUCUAAAAUCCCGAGAGACAGGUUGCAGCGUUAUAUGAACUAUCGCUCACACAAGAUUGCUUGGGGUAAAACUGCUUAUAGAAUCUUGAUGAGAAGUGUAAAAAGUUUGAGUGCAAGUUCCUGGACAGGAGAUAGUUAUGAAGUGAGUGGUUUUGCGCUAGCCAUAAAUCUGUGGGCAAUGUCAUCAGUGAAUGUGCUUGGUAAAUCUUUGGGAAAGCCAUGCGAGACAUCCUCUUCUUCUGAUCCGUUGUGUCUACAUUGGGACUCAACAAGAACUCCGACAAUAGCUGAAGUGUUAGAGCUGGAGAAGAUAAACAAUGUUGAGGUUAGCACAGUGAUUGGAUUGGCUGAGGAAUACAAACAUUUGGUGGGGGCAACACAUAGUGACGAUGCUGACUUUCACAGUGUUGUGAAACUAGUUCAACAAGGAUACAAAAUGAGGAGAAGCGAUUGGGAGAAAGGUUUUGUGGAUAUGUUUGUUGCAACAGAAGAUAUAGGUCAACAACGCAAGACAAAAGACGAAGAUGCAGAGCAUGGUGAAGAUCUGAACCAUAAUGAAGAUGAAGAGGAAAAGAAAGAUGAAGAGGAAAAGACAGAUGAAGAGGAAAAUAAAGAUGAAGAGUAUCAAAAGGAUAAGGAGCAAAGAAAAGAUAAAAAUCAUUCCAUGUCUAACAGCGAGAAACUUGAUAAGCUAAUCCAAAUGGUUCGUGAUUUGGAUAAGCGAGUAGUAAUGAUCCAGAAUGUUUUAGGAGUUAAGUUUAACGACAGUUCACCAAACAAAGAAGAUUGUGAAAAUGGAGCUAGUUCUGGUGAUAGAAGAAGUGCACAAGAUUAUGAAAAUGAAGAAGAUACAAUUAAUGAAGAAGCAAACUCUGAUGAUAAAAAAAAUGCACCAGAUGAUGAAAAUGAAGAAGAUACAAUUGCUGAAGCAGCAAACUCUGAAGAUACAAUUGCUGAAGAAGCAAACUCUGGCGAUGGAAGAAGUGCACUGGAUGAUGAAAAUGAAAAAGAGAUAUGUGAUGAAGAAGCAAAAUCUGGUACAGAGCAUCAAAGGGAAGAAGAGAAUAUUCUUGGGGAAAUUGAGACUACACAAAAAAUCACUCAAGACGAAGACACAGAAAAACUUGAAUCAGAAAGUUGCUUGAAACAAACGUCGCAGGUUACGUCGCCUACUCCAACAUUCAAUACUCCAAACUUUGAUACAAGGGUUUCAUCGCCUAAUCCAACAUUUACGUCUCCUAAGUUUGAUCUCCUUUCCCAAGAAAGUCAUAGUGGAAAGGGUACAAAUGAGGUUCUUAUGAGAGAUGUUUAUGAGAUUCCUGUUUUCCAACCUCUAAUGAAAAUAAAAAAGAGAUUGGUACAACAACACAGCCAGGUAAACGAAGAUGUUGAGCCUCCACUUCAAAAGAAGUUUAAAGCUGAUACAGAUAAUGUUCCGCUAAGAAGAAGUGAAAGAGGUCAAAUACCAUCCAUUCAUACACAACCACCGUUUACAGGAGCAAGGAAGAAACAUCCGAUUCUUCAUCCCUUUGAGCCAGUUGAUAAAACAAGAAAAGAAAAAAUGAGAGAAUGGAAAAUGUCAAACAAAAGAAAGAAGCUGAGAAUCAAUCAAGAGAUAGUAAACGCAAAGUGGUUUUCGGAUAUUGAAACUCCGGGAAAAAAACUUUCAAAAACGCAUAUUGAAGCAGGUUUUGAGUUGCUGAAACUGAGACAGAUAAACAAUCCAGAUUUGUUUCUGAACAAAACUGCCUUAGUUGUUGGAGUGAAGUUUCUUGAAGAAAUAGAUGAGUUUUAUGAUGAGUUUUUAGAUGACAAGAAAGGUUUCCAAUUUGGAGCAGGCUUUGACAAGUACAACAUAGAGAAGAAUAUCAACUUCCUCUAUUCGGCCAUUGCAGUAGCAGAGAAGUAUUGGCUUGGAGUUGUAAUCAACUUGGAGAAGAGAAAUAUCACAGCAUUCAAUUGUGCAGCAAUGAAGUUCACAGAUGCGAGUUUGGUCCCUUACGUUAAUGCAUAUGCGAUGGCUCUCCCAUUCAUGAUUCGCUACUUCUUCAAAGAUGUCAGCAUGGAUACAAGCAAGUUCUCGAUAAAAAUUGUAUCUGAAGGUUUCCCACAGGUUCUUAAAAUAGAAGACAGUGGAGUUUAUGCAUUGAAGCUGAUAGAGUGCCAUGCAAUGCGUAUAGUGGAUUUGACAAAGCUGAGUGAAGAAAAAAUUGCAAUCAUCCGAGAAAAGUUGGCGGUUGAUAUCUUCUCGGAAUUACAAUGAAUACUAAUGUGGGAAUGAACAAAAACUUUAUAGCUUGCUUAUAGUUAUGUGUGAACAACUAUCUGUUUUAUGCGUGUUUGGUAAACUUUGUUUGUAGAAUUCUGAGUAUUAUGAGUUUAUGACUUGGAUU